AUGUCUGAUGGCGCUGCUCAGAAGAAGACGAGCUUCCAUUUCAUUGCUGGGCUAGGCUCUGGUUGCGCAAGUGCGGCAUUACUACAACCAGCAGACUUGCUCAAGACUCGUGUACAGCAGUCGCACGCUUCCUCGCUUCGACAAGCUCUUCGUGAAGUCCUCGAUGGACCGAGUCCGAUUCGUCAACUAUGGCGCGGCACAUCGCCCUCGGUCAUUAGAACUGGCUUUGGCUCAGCUCUCUACUUUGGGAUGCUGAAUCAGAUGAGGCAAUAUGUCUCCAAACUACCGGCAAUGCCGUUAGCUGGUGAAGCGACGACUUCCAAAGGAUCCUCUGUACUUCCGAAACUUGGAAAUGUGGCGAACUUGGCUACCGGCGCCGCUGCCAGAGUGGCUGCAGGCUUCAUCAUGAACCCUAUUACAGUCCUCAAGGUCAGAUAUGAGAGCACGCACUACUCCUACACCAGUCUGGCAGGAGCCGCGAGAGAUAUUGUGCGGACGGAAGGAGCAAGAGGUUUCUUUGCUGGCUUUGGUGCUACAGCAGUUCGGGAUGCUCCCUACGCCGGACUGUACGUCUUGAUCUAUGAACAAUCGAAGGCGCAGCUUGGCAAGAUGUCGCAGAUUGUUGCAGGCCCUAAUGGUGAACCUGCAGUCCGAUCGAUGUCGAGCUCAGCCAGUAUCAAUUUCGUGUCAGGCGUAUUAGCCGCCAUGACUGCCACGACUUUGACGAAUCCUUUCGACGCCAUCAAGACAAGACUCCAGAUUGCCCCUGGGAAAUAUAGGAACAUGCUGACAGCAGCGAGGAUGAUGCUGCAGCAGGAAGGUGUCAAAAGUAUGUUCUGUGGCCUCAGUCUGCGUAUAGGCCGCAAAGCCGUCAGUAGUGCAUUGACGUGGACUGUUUACGAAGAGCUGAUUCGAAGGGCGGAAAAUGCCUUGGAAGAGAAGGCAGCAAUCGCACCCCGAUGA